AUUAGAAUAGAAAGUAAUUGUCAUGAAGAAACAGUUAAAGAAUUUGAAAAAAAAACCCCCGGUCACUCAAUUUCACAAGCACUUGAAUCUAUUAAUUGUGAAAAUUUUUGCCAAUUAAGAAUUCUUGUUGUUCC